AUGACGACGUCAGCUCGGCUGUAUCCAUCACAUCUCAGCGACCUGGUUCGGCAAUUCGACGACGCAUGUCUUCUUCUCCGUUACUAUCGUGCUUCCUUCCAGCUCAUUACCGUACCCUUGGAUCAAUACAAUUCACGGUUCUGUACAAUCAGGAAGCUCACUGUGCAUUUGAUCAGAGCAAAGAAACUAAAAGCGAUGGACAGUAACGGCUUUUCGGAUCCGUACGUCAAAUUACAUCUGCUACAAGGCAAUGCAAAAGCCACAAAACUAACAUCAGGGACUAUCGAGAAAACCCUAAAUCCUGAAGAACUACAUUACUAUGGGAUCACAGAGGCUGACAAACAGAAGAAAACGCUACGGAUUACGGUAUUGGAUCGUGAUCGUAUCGGUUCGGAUUUCCUUGGCGAGAUUCGAAUUGCCUUGAGAAAUCUGCCAAUGAACACAUUGAAGAAGUACAACCUCUAUCUCGAGCAUGCCAUACCGGUUAGCUCACUAUUUGUGACUAUUAAACGUUGUGCAGAAUUAAUAGGAAUGGAUUCAACAGGGUUUUCUGAUCCCUAUUGCAAAGUUUCGCUUACACCUGUUACUUCCAAAGCCCAUCGACAGCGAACUUCCGUCAAGAAAAGGACCCUCAAUCCGGAGUUCAACGAGACCCUCGCAUUUGUCGUCCCAUUCAAGGAUUUGCCUAAGAAAACCCUAGAGAUCGGAGUUUACGAUCACAAUCUCGGCAAACAUGAUGAGUAUAUUGAUGGAACUAUUGUCGACGGCAGCUAA